AUGCCGCCUUACGACAGUGAAUCUUCCGAUGAGGGCGAAGAGUACACCGAAACGAACGUCUUGCUAGGCUACGCGACAGAAGAUGCGACUGGAGACGCCGUGUCGCAUCUUGGAGGCGCACCCUCAUGGCUCGACGAUAAGACAGCUCCCUCUGGUGUAACGGCCAAGUGUAAAGUAUGCAACGGCCUGUUGAGCCUGCUCCUCCAACUCGACGGCGACCUGCCACAACACUUCCCUGGACACCAACGCCGACUGUAUAUCUGGACUUGCCGAAGGAAGACUUGUAGGCGGAAGGAAGGUAGCGUACGGGGAAUAAGAGGCGUGCGCAUCGCCAAGGGUGCAAGUGCUAAGGUACAAUCGAAGGCGGAGAAGCCCAAGGUCGAAAAAGAAGAAACGUCGCAGCCUAAGAUUGGCGAAUCGCUAUUCGGAGUGAAGAAUGGAGCAAGCACGAGCGCACCUGCUAACCCAUUUUCGAAUCCUUUCUCGUCCAACACGGCCGGCAAUGCUCCUGCGAAUCCGUUCUCGUCCGCAGGGUCAAGCCCUGGCCCCCUUGUCGCCGCUCCGCCUGCGGUCAAAGUCACCUCCGAAGAGAACACAGAUGAAGCGAGCUCGACACUCCCGGAGACGUUCGCUUCCAAGGUUCGGUUAUCAUCGCCACCCACAGACCAGCCCGCUCGCCCACACGAACCAUGGCCACCCGAGUCUGCAUUCGUGGACGCAUUUCCUCGCUACCACCUAGAUGCCGAGUAUGAAACCCUCGAUGUGCCGUCAGCACCGCAGAUACCAGAUAACGCGCGCAUGGAUGUAGAUGCUGAAGGCAACGGGAGCGGUGGUGGCAAAGAGGACAAGGAGGUUUUCGAGAGCUCCAUCGAUAAGACAUUCCAGAAGUUUGCAGAUCGCCUUGGGCAGAACCCCGAGCAGGUGUUGCGAUAUGAGUUCAAAGGCAAGCCGCUGCUCUACAGCGACGCCGACGCUAUUGGAAAACUUAUUGCAUCACACUCUGAGAACGCAUCUUCGUCCAACACCAAAAUCACAACUGCGGGCUCAAGAAAGCUUGAAGCAGAAGAUAUGAGUGUUGAUGGGAUGGAAUGGGGCACCAUCAUCCUGGGUGUUUGCAGCAAAGAUUGCAAACCAAGGGACGUCGAGGAGGGCGAGGUGGGCUAUAUCGAGGAGUGGGUCGGUGUACAAUGGGAGGAGAUGAACUCUAAGCGAUAA